UCUGUUAGUGAAGAUACAUUUGCCAAGAUGAUGAAGACUAAGGCUAACAAUGAAGGCGAAUGCUUAGACAAACUAUCACGAUAUCAAGAGACAAUUAAGGUUGCCAUCUUCAGAUCCUCAGAUGGCGUCUGCGGAUACUUAAGUGAUCCUGAUGAUCUCAAGGAAGAUACUAAGCAAGGACAAUCAGCAAGUGUCUUCCUCUUUCCACUGAACAAUUUGCAUCGAGUUAAACAAGAGUUAACACUUGACCAGAUUCAUGAUGCAUACUUGCAAAAUCGUGCGAGAAUCUAUCUGUUUGACGGAGACUAUCAUGUACGUAUGAAGAUUGUUGAUGUGGUCGACAAAACUAAAAAGGAAACUGGCUUGAAGGACGAUGUUACUUCGCAAAUUAGAAGCCAGGCAAAGUUGAAAAUUGAUGACCAAUUCACUCUGUCUGUACCUGAUGUAAAAACUUUUGCUGAUUGUUACCGAAACUGUCAUGAGUCAGAUCAAGUUGCAUGCGUUACUUUUUCAUUCUGCAACACUGAUGGUAAAAUUGACUGUAGAGUAAGCAGUUUGCAGGCUUCUGACAUUGCUAAGGGAGAUCAGUCUAUUGAAACCGAUCAAAAAUGUCAAAUCUUUUCCAUAAGUGUUCUUGACAAUUAUUCAAGAAAGUCCAACAGAAAAUUCAUAACUCAGCUUUCAACUGCAGUUGAAAAAGAUUUUGUGUAUUCUUGUGCAGAAUCUUGUCAUUCCUCAUCCGAAUGCAUAUCUUUUCAAUACUGUGAUGGUUAUUGUAGUUUUGGUGAUCUAUUGUACACAGAUGCAGGUACUGAAUAUGACCAGGAAUGCAUGAUAUAUACUCGCAAAGUAUCUGAAAGAUAUCAAAGAACAGGUAGCAAAAUAGUAUCAGAUGUGAUGCACACCGAAACCAAAUUGACCUUAGACCAAUGUGCUUCAUUAUGCUAUGAGGUAUCUGAUGGCGAUGAAACUGGAUGUAAAUCAUUUAAUUACUGUCCUAAGAGUAGAACAGAAAGUUCUUGUUCAUUAACUCAUUUUUCAGUCAAGAGUCCGGAUACCAAAACCACUGAUGGAGGUCAUUGUUCCAAUUAUGAGUUAAAAGAAUCGAAUGGAAAGAAACGAAAAGAGUCCAGUUCAACUAAAGUUAUUAAACGGACAUCGGGAUCAGGUGCUUUUGGUAUAAUAAUGUUGUUCUUGUUUGUCGGCAUUGGAUUGGGAUUCAUAGCUCCAUUUGCUUACUCAAAGGUUAAACAGAUGCAUGAUGCUUCAAAGGCUAAUGGAGGCUUCACUUGGGAAAGACAUCAGGAUGAGCAGCCACUUGAAAAUGGCGAUUGAAUUCAUUCAAUUUAUGCAAUAGAAUUACAUUACUAAUUAUUUUCUGUAAAAACAUUUCUUAAACUUUAAUAUAUCUAAUAAAAAGCUUAUGCUACAGCCCUUAUUUAAA